AUGGAACCCCCAAAAACCGCUAGGCCAAAACAACCUGCCCGAAUUAUUAACGCCACAUCUCUGACCUCGACCAAUUCGCUCCCCUCCGCGCUUACAAGUAACCUCGCCCCAUCACUUACGGCUCCGCCUUAUCAUAAUGCUCAUCCAUCUGUGAUGGAUGUCGAUAACGCAGAAGACCGAUCACGUCGAGCUGCCAGUGUAUUAUCGAUGGAUGAUCUCGAAGCCGCGCAGGCUCUUGAGGGGCUCCGCUCCGAUUUUGGGCAAUCGCCUCGAACAGCGCGACAAUCCCUUCCCAUCACUUCACCGGACCCACCACCGCCAGAGCCACUAUUGUCUCUGCUAACUUCUUCCCAUCCACUUAUAUCCUCUGCCAUCAACGGCUCAGUUUCUGCUUACGCCACGUCGAAAUCAUACUCACCGCGAUUCAAGUCUGGUGCUGAGUUCAUCGAGCGCAAUAUUGGAUCACCUGUCGCGAACACCGUCGGUACGGUAGGCCGCAAGACUGGUGUUGAGAGCGGUCUCCGCUGGGCGCUGCAGCGACGAGACUCUACAAGCGAAGACUCAAAACACAUUAAUAAGCGACGACGAAAGAUGGAUGAGAAUGUGUCACCGAGGACCAUAAAUGCGGAGAAGGGACCGGACGGUUCAGCUCACCCACGGCGCACACGGAGCUCGUCCGAUCUCUCCAUGGCCGAGUCGCUCCCCCCGUACGACGAAAUCAGGUCUCCUCAUUAUGAAGAGAAACCGGGAAGACGUACUGAGCCGACAUGGCAAAGCCGACUAGUUAUUUCGACUUCUGGACUCGGGGUCGCCAUGAGCGAUGAAUCGCUGCGUAGUCUGCAAUAUUGUCUCACUUGGCUUCGAUGGGCAAACGGUCGACUAGGCAAGUCCAUUGUAGCACUACAUGGUGCCGUCAACGACUGGGAGAACCACAAAUUACAAUCACAGUCGGAUAUCGAGGCGGGAGGCAGUGGCCAAGAAAAUGCCUCGUUGCUUAUCCAGCGCAUCCAAGCUGUCAAGGCCGAUGUGCUAUCGACCUUGAAACAGGUAGUGGAUGUGGUUUCCAAGUAUGCAGGAGGCGCCCUGCCAGAGAAUGCCCGCCAUCUAGUGCGUCGACACCUGACAUCUCUGCCACACCGCUUCCAGGUUGCAUCCACUUCGCAGCCACCACCAGACUCACCGGCUGCCUCAUCCGAUGCCACAAUCAGUGCUCAUCGCAUUCUGGUGCUGGCCCAAGAGGGUCUAGACAUGAUGGCGCAAGUCAGCGGUGUUGUCAAUGACACAUUGGUCAGUGCUGAGCACUGGUGCGAGCGGCUUGGUCGGAAACGACCCGAGAACGGAGCUUCAUCCGACAUGCCAGAGAAGCAGGGCGAAUCUGCUUCCGACGCUCAACCGUAUGGCAUGGAUAUCAAGCAGUCUCUCCCAGAGAAUGCGAUUCAGGACGACGUCUCAAUGUCCGGGAUGGAGAAGGUAUGA